AUGGGCUACGAGGGCCGCACCAUCUCGAACGUCCCCGUUCUCGAUGAGAUCCUCAAGAUCCGUCGCCAGAUCGCCGACCUCAUGGGUUUUGAGACGUACGCCGACUUCAUCCUCGACGUCAAGAUGGCCAAGAACUCGAAGACGGCACUCGACUUCCUGUACGACCUCAAGGACAAGCUGACGCCGAUUGGUGAGGCGGAGAAGAAGGUCUUCCUUCAGAUGAAGAAGGAGGAGCACGCCAAGCGUGGCCUCGACUUUGACAACGAGCUUUACCUCUGGGACUACCGCUACUACGACCGCCUGUGGACGGAGCAGAAGCUCGGCCUCGACGACGAGAAGGUCAAGGAGUACUUCCCGGUCAACAAGGUUGUUCCCACGAUUCUCGACAUCUACCGCAAGCUGCUCAGUGUCAACUUCUACCCGAUCCCCAAGGACUCGCCCGAGGGCAAGUUCUGGCACGACGACGUGCAGGGUUACGCUGUCUGGGAUCACCAGGACGGCAAAGACGGCGACUUCCUCGGCUUCAUGUAUCUCGACCUCUUCCCUCGCGAGAACAAGUAUGGCCACGCCGCCGUCUGGGGUCUGAUCCCCGGAUUCACCAAGGAGGACGGCGAGCGCUCGUACCCUGUCGUGUGCAUGGUCGCGAACCUGGCCAAGCCGACGCCGAACCGCCCCGCGCUCAUGAAGCACAGCGACGUCGUCACGUUUUUCCACGAGAUGGGCCACGCGUUCCACGGGCUGUGCUCCAAGACGCAGAUCCCCCGCUUCCAUGGUACCUCGGUCGCGCGCGACUUUGUCGAGGCGCCCUCGCAGAUGCUCGAAAACUGGUGCUUCAUCCCCGAGCAGCUCAAGGAGAUGUCGGAGCACUACGAGACGGGUGAGCAUCUCCCGGACGACUUGAUCGAGGGUAUUGUGAAGAGCAAGAACGCCAACCUCGGCCUGUUCAACCUGCGCCAGCUCUUCCUCGGCAUCUUCGACAUGACAAUGCACACUUCCAAGGAGGACCUCGACCUGAGCAAGCUCUGGUGCGAGACGCGCGAGAAGGUGUCGCUCGUGUCGACCGACGGCGAGGUCGUCGGUGGCCAGAGCGCAUUCGGACACAUUGCGGGCGGCUACGAAGCCGGCUACUAUGGCUACCUGUACUCUCAGGUCUUCGCCGCCGACAUGUUCGAGACUGUGUUCCGCGCCGACCCCAUGUCGCCCGCCAGCGGCAUGAAGUACCGCGACUCGAUUCUUAAGCCUGGCGGCAGCCGGGAGGAGAUGGAUUCGCUCAAGGAGUUCCUCGGCCGCGAGCCCAACAAUGAGGCGUUCCUCAAGCAGCUCCUCAGCGGCGCCGAGCCCGAGGCGAAGCUUUAA